AUGGCGAAUAUUCCUAUUGGGGUUCCUACUCAUAUUCAAAAAAUUUGUAGCCUUUAUAAAAGGACUUUACGUAAUUUAGAAUCAUAUUACGAUAGACGUCAUGUGUAUCGCUACCAUGCGGUUCUCCUUCGAGAAAAAUUCGAUAAGAUUGUUAAUGAGAAGGAUAUGCGAAAAGCUGCCGAGAUGGUGAAGCAGGGAGAAGAAGAACUGUUCUUACAACAGCAUCCCAUUCCAAAGAAAUUUCCCAAAAGUCCUGGGGGUGUGGCUUAUGAGCGUGUAGUAACACCGCCCGACUGGGUGCUUGACUAUUGGCAUCCCUUGGAGAAAGCUCAAUAUCCUGAGUACUUCAAGAAACGUGAGCAAAGGAAGAAAGAAUUUAUUGCCAUGUGGGAGAAGGAGUUUGGAAAGCCUGAUCCCAAGGAUACACACCAUUAG